AUGGCUCAACAUAUCAUGACGGGGCCGUUUUGCCCACCAGCGCCCAAUGACAAAAUCACGAUCCCAGAACUAAUGACGAAGUACAACCCCGAUUCCGUUCCUGCAGACAAGGUGGUGCACAUCGAUACGAUAGCCAACAAGAGUCUCACGUAUGGCGGCCUUCGAGAACAAGCUGCCAGGUGUGCGUGGGGACUGCAGUACAGAUUGGGCAUGAAGGAACAGGAUAGACUGCUGGUCAUUCUUCCCAACUCGACCGACUUUGUCAUCCUCGCACAUGCGACAUUGUGGCUGGGAGCAGUAUUCUCGCCCCUUAACCCGUCAUCAUUGGCCAAAGACAUUGCCCAUGCUCUGGAGCUUGUCCAGCCCAGUCAUAUUGCCAUUGAUCCUUCCAAGCUUGAAGCUGUCAAUGCUGCGUUUCAACAGUUCAGUUGGGAGGAAAGUGCACGCCCGCUGGUGUUUACCGUGCUAAAAAGAUCUGGUAGUCUCAAGCUGUUUCCCGACGACGUCGCGGGCCAGACCCCCGACCAGUCGCUUCCAAUCUUCGACCUUGGAGGGAGGAGUACCAAAGACGUGACUGGAAUGAUUGUGUUUUCGUCUGGGACGACCGGAAAAAUCAAAGGUGUUCAGCUGUCCCAUUACAAUCUGGUCUCCAAUAUUGUCCAGACACGCAUCUCAAUGCCGUGGAUGAUGAAUCACGCCUCACGCGAAGUCUUCUUUCCCCCAUACUGCCAUGUCUACGGCCUCGGUGUUGUCGUGUUCUGCGGCAUGUGGGUAGGCUCGUUCACCUGUGGGAUUCCGGCCUUCGACCUGGACUUGUUCUGCCGGAAGAUGGAAGAGCAUCAAGCGACAUGGGCGCACAUAGUCCCGCCUGUUGCCAUCCAACUAGCGAGCUCAGAUGUUGCAGCAAAGUACCAGUUGUCGUCGAUGAAGAUCAUCCUGAUCUCGGCAGCUCCGACUAAACGAGAUCUCCAGAUGAAACUCAAAGCAAGGUUUGGAGGGGAUGUCAAGAUUGUGCAGGGGUAUGGAAUGUCGGAAUGUUCACCAACAGUGCUUCUGCAGAGCCCCCUUGAUGACGAGAACAACAUUGGGACUGCAGGAAAGCCGGUUGCCGGGACGGAGCUUCGACUUGUCGACCCAGUAACAUUGAAGGACGUUACCCCAGGCGAAGAAGGCGAACUUUGGGUCAGAGGUCCUCAGACAAUGAUGGGAUAUUAUAGAAACGAACAAGCCACACGAGAGACUUAUGUCGGUGACUGGCUGCGGACCGGCGACAUCAUGCGGGUGGAUGAGAACGGCAACUUCUGGGUCACAGAUCGUCUCAAAGAGCUGAUAAAAUAUAAGGGUUUCCAAGUGCCACCCUCGGAACUCGAAGACCUGCUCUUGAAACACCCCUCGGUGGUGGACGCUGCCGUGACUUCGAUCUACUCGGACGAGCAAGCCACCGAGCUCCCUAUUGCAUACGUGACACUUCCUGCGAAAACACCGCCGUCCCAAAAACAGAGUCUGCUUGCUGAAAUCCGGACCUGGGCUGACGGGCAGGUGGCAGGGUACAAGAAGCUGCGCGGUGGAGUGUUCGAAUUGAACCCUCUGCCCAAGACACCGUCGGGUAAGAUUCUGAGAAGAGAGCUGCCGUGUAAAAAGGCACAAUCGGAGGGACGAGCAGCGAAGAUAUGA